AGCUGCUUUGGUUCAGUGGCAGUCGAGUCCCUCUGCACUGCCACAAGGCCAUGGCUCGACGAGAGCAUAGCUCACUGGCCAAGGGCCUGCUGGCUGCUCUGCUGGUGGCAGCCCUUUGGACAGCUAGCAAUACAGUCGCAGGUGCUUUGGCCUUUGCCUUUGCGGGACUCAGACUUUCGCAACGCCAGAGCCUGGUCACUUGCUAUUCAGGCCGUGAUUGGAAUGCUGGCAAUGUGCUGAAGAAGAUUGACUUCCAGGCUGCAGCCGCUCAAGCGAAAGAGCGCGCUGCGAAGAAGAAGGCAAACAAAGGCCAGGAGGAGAAAAGACGUGAACUCCCUACGAUUCACAAAGCUAGUCCCGUUUACUACAACGGAGACCAGGUGGCCUCGGUGAACGGCACCAUGCAGGAGUACAAGGUCGACAUUUGGAACGGAGUGCAUCCUGCGUGGCAAGGAAAGAAGGGCAAGGUCCUCCUUGACAACUCAGCCUUGACGAAGUUUCAAGAGAAAUAUGGCAUGGCUUCUGAUGUCUACGGGGAGCAAGGCAUGGAGCAAGUGAAGAUGAAUCGGGCACGAAAGAAGAAAGCAGAGGAGAUGGCGGCUCAGGGUCUGAAGGUCUACUGAGUCAACAUGUCGGUGGCAUUUGCCCGUAUUUCAACCGUCUCUUCCAACAGCACGCAAGACCAUGGACAAGUCCGAUACAUAGAUGAGUCAUGCAGAUUAUCUUCGAUUUACUUGCAACAUCUUGCGACAGACCAUCAAGCAAACACUGGUGCAAUGUAAUGUGUCAUGUUUCCAAGACAGCGGCUUGUGAAACAGGGCCACUGCCAGGCCACCCAAAAGGCCGCUGUAGGCAAUUUCCGGAAUUUUCGUGCAGAUUUGCAUCCUGAGAGGUCCUGUGCUUUUGUGUCAAACUAGUAGACAGGGUACCCAAAUCUGCAUCACAUUUGUUCUGGGGUUUUCACAGAUUUGAAACUCCAACUCUCUGGCCAACUCCUUGUCCGCGCAAAAUGCGGCAAAGUGCAAGUUCCAUGACCUUUCAAGCACCGGAUUGCCGACUGGAUGUAAAACCGUGAGAUGAGCCAAAAUUGCGUUGUAGGCAUGCAACACAUUGACAUUUUUGGCCUUUGAGUCCUUGCACUUUUUCCAUCGUUUUCCGCAGCUUUGACAGACGAAGAACAGCCAGCGAGCUGAG